AUGGCUGUAAGAGAUCUCACCCCAGAAACCACCGCCCAUCACCUCAUGGACUCCACCACUAGCAUGGAGCUCAAAAGAGCGCUAGCAAAGAGACCGGUCACGCUAUCAACGGAGCUGAAGGUCAAGAUCAAGAAAGCCAUCACGUUGGAAGAAACGCUUGGCGCGGGUUCCGUCAGGCGCUUUGAACCCGCCAAAAUGCCCAAAGAAGACCAAGCGCGUAAGCAGCUCCCUGUGCCGCGAGACCAGUUGAUGCAAGCGCACAGCGGCGCCAGACGCCCACCACCUCCCCCAGAACAAGUCCAUCGAGGGCGGUCACCAGAUAGGCGUCCGCCAAACUACACACCCCUCAACGACUUCGUGAAGAACGUCUACCAUGUUCUGCGCGAGAAGGGUUACAAAAUCAACUGGCCCGCACCUAUGAAGAUCCUCCCGCAUAUGCGGGACCCCAAGAAGCGCUGCGAAUUCCACAAGGACACGGGUCACUGGACGGAAAACUGCAGAGAAUUGCGCUACGAGAUCGAAGGCCUCAUACAAAGGGGACUGCUGAAUGAGUUCAUUCGCGGAGCGCAGGAACCGACAGAGCGUCCGGUGGAACCCCCGCCACCACCACAAGCUGACUACGACGACGCCUCAGACUCGUACAUAGUGCGAAAAGAAAUUGGGGUAGUAACGAUAGAAGGGGACCGCCCGAAGAAAAAAACCAAGCGCGACCGCGCCAUAGAGUGUGCAGCGGCGGAGGCCCCACAGAAGUGCAAACUGAGCUUCGACGAUGCUGAACUCCCCGGGGGGUCCCAUCGGAAGAUCGGCUCAUCAUCACCGCGCUCGUCGCCGCCUACUGAUAGACGGAGGCAGCGCGACAGACAUUCUUUUCAAGAGCACAGUCGACCAAAUGGACAUUGA